AUGGCUUCACUCAAAAUUAUUUUUUUAUUUUCGACCGUCGUGUUUUUGUUGUGUGUUCGUUCUGAAGCAAGAGAGUUUGUAAUAGACGGUGAAAAUAAUUUAUGGGCUGUUCCAUUUUCUGUUGACGAGUUCAACAAAUGGGCUGAGAAAACUCAUUUUCAGUUUGGGGAUUCUUUAGUUCUAAAGUAUGAUUCCAAGACUGAGUCGGUGCUGGAAGUGACCGAGGAAGACUACAAAAUCUGUAACAACGCCAAUCCAAUAAAAUCACACCAUGAUGGAGAAACUACAAAUUCACUAGAAAAAUCAGGUCUAUUUUUCUUCAUCAGUGGAGUUGAAGAACAUUGCUAUAAUGAUCAAAAGCUUGAGGUUAUGGUUCUGUCCGAUAAACAUGGCUCCAGCCACCAAUCUACAAUGCAGGCACCUUCUCCUCAUCAUCACCGUCACCACUACCAUGCAGCGGUGCCAGCCCCGACUAAUGGUGGUACUGGUCUAAAGGCGACGGUGGGAUUUAUUUGUGUCACUGCGGCGGUGGGAAGUUUUGUUUCGUUGUGUAGACUAAUUUUAUUAUUCAUGGGUUGUAACAUUGAGCUAUAUUUUAUUUUUAUUAUUCUUUUUCACGUCUAUAUUUCCUGCUUUUAA